AUACGACUGAGUCGAUGACAUAACCUAUUAAAUGCCGCUUGUCACCGUGCAAGUUGGGCUUUGCGGCAUGUUAUUUUAUUGAGUUCAACAAAAACUAUAAAUUAAAUAUUAAUUAUUUAGUAUUAAAAGAAAUAUAUAUAUGCGAUAAUAUCAAGAUGCACUGCUGCAAAAUGAAUACCAAAAUACAUGCUCGGUGUACUUUUUUAAUUAGACAACUAAGUACUCCUGUUAAUGAAAGUGUAUCCAAAGAAUUCGUUAAAACACAAAGUACCGUUAAUUUAUCAGUUUUAAAAGAAAAUGAAAACAAAGGUAUUGAACCACAUUAUCCACCAAUUCUAGAUCUUUCUCGCCGUGCUAGACAAAGUCGUAAUCGCGAAAAGUGGCAUAAUAAAGUGAAAAGUUUAGGAACAAUAGAAGAGAAAAUUUUUGAGUUGAAUAUGCCUAGAUAUUAUGGAUGGAAAGCAUUUACAUUAAAAGAGGGCAUAUUACCAUAUGAUCCUCUGCCACAAGCACAAUAUAUCACAAAUACUCAUAUAGCCAAUGAACCAAAAUUACCUUCCUACUAUGACAGUGUUAUUUCACUUGAAAUAUUAGAUGCAUCAGUACAGCAGAUUAAGAGUCAAGUAGAAGAUAUGUUGGCAUUUGAAUAUAACUAUCGAAAGUUGGAUGAUCAAUUGAAUGCAGAAAAUUAUAGGGAUAAAGCAUUUAUGGAUGAUUUAAUGGGAAAAACUAUCAGUCAGCAAAUGAAUAAGAUAUUAUCUGUAAACUUUUCAUUAACUCAUGCUCAUUUGUUGGAAUCUGAAUUAGAUAUUGAUCCAAGGAUAGAGGCUUUCUGGUUCUUUGGAGGUUUAGAAGUACCAAGUGAAGUGAAGAAAUCCAGAGCUGGUAUAAAAUGGACUGCAGAAUUCAAAGAUGAGUCUAUUAAUAUGCCUUUAAAGUAUACAGGAAGUCCAAUUUUACAUUUGAGACAUUGUUUACCUUUAAAAGAAAUUGUUUCAUUACAAGAGUCUGAAAAUUUAUCUCUUGAAGUCCCUGUUGAAGCAUAUGAUUUAAGAAAGAAAGGAUACUUUAUGGAUCGUCUAAGAGCAACUGUUAUACCUGGUUUUUGGCCUGGUGAUCAUAGCGAAUUUGGAACUGUAUCCUAUCAUAAAAGAGGAUAUCUUUGUCACAGACCAGAAGUAUUCAAUGACAAUUUAGAUGCACUUAAAGCACAAGCUGUAUUUGGUUCAUUCAGCUGGUUAUAUACUCAAGCUUGUUAUCAAGGAUUUUCAACUUUCCAAAAUCCAACUUAUCCUUUUGUAAAUCAAAUGAUUAUCACCAAUGGCCAGUGGUGGUCUUUUGCAGUUUACCAACUCAAUACAACAGCAAUGCACAUAGAUGUCAUUGAUAAAAAUCCUAGAAGAAACAUUUGUUGGAUAACGGAGCCUAUGCAAUUAUUUGAAAAAAUUGAGAAUGGAAAAGUUUAUGGGUUUAAUGAAGAUGUGUUGAAGCAUUUGAUUAAGUUCUAUGUUAAUACACCUGAAGCUAAAGAGGGCAUAGAAAUGAAACCAUAUGUACAAGGUGAAGAAUUCAUUGCAAAUAUUGAGGAUCCUGAAAGAAGAAAAUGGCUUGAAAACAAAUAUAAACAUUUAUUAUCAAAUCGAAUGCGACACAGACUCGUUCCGGAAAUUUAUCAUUGGCAACGAAUUUACUUGAUUAAAUUUAAGACUCGACCACUGGAUAAAAAACGUGAACCAUGGGAGUUUGGCAUUAACGUAUUUAAACGGAGACUCGAUGAUCACGCAUCAGAGUAUAUUCCAAAACAUCUUAGACCUGAUCCAAAGAAGCAUAAACAGAUUUACAAAUGGGCUAAGAGUUACUACCCCAAAGUCGAUGGUAUAGAUAAUGAUGAAAUAUAUGGUUAUAAAAAAACAGGAAAAAAUUACUUAAGAAGAGGAUAAAACAAUAAAGUUAUUUCAUUUACUUUAUCAGAAAUGUACA